AUUGUCUUUUUGGAUUGUAACGGGAUGGUAUCUUUUUAUUUAGUUUCUAAGUUUGUUGUGUAGUUAACUGUGACGGGAGAGUAGUAUAUUUUGUAACUCAAGUGAUAAGUGGACGUGUCAUAGCGGUAGAAUGCCGUAUUUUCUUAUCUCAUGAAUGUGGUCUAAGAUACCAGUGUUUUUUUUAUGAAAACGUUUAACCUUUUUCGCGCUACGCAGUCGUCCAUUGCGUCGACGAAGAACACAGAUGCCAGUAUCAGUUUUAUGAUAUUAGUGUACCUGUGAGCCAUGGAGAUGUCACACCAGGGUGGGGCGGAGGGCGAAAGCCUCCUGAGGCAGGAGAGGGGAGCCGUCGUCAUGCCUGGUCAGAGACAAGGACGUUGGGAUGCGGUGGACGAGAAGGCGCCAUUCCUGCGCAACGAGCCGGUGAAGUUGACGCCGGCUUGGGAAGGUAACAACCUGCCAAAUGACACGCUUAACUUGAAAGGUAUCGCAAUGGACUUAGCAGCUCCAAAAGACAAAUGGCACCUAAUAUUCCUGACGUUGAUGCUGCACGGUCUCGGUACCCUGACUGCGUGGAACAUGUUCAUCACGGCGAAGGAUUACUUCGUGAAGUACAAACUGGCCAGCGCUCCCGCCUACUCGGAACACUACCUCGCUUACGUGGGGUGGGCCAGCCAGAUCCCAAACCUUGUGUUCAGCUGGGUCAAUGUCUUUUUGACGUCGAAGGGCGACCUUACAAGCCGUAUUGUAUGGUCGUUGAUAAUGGAGGUACUUAUCUUCGUGUUUACCAUCAUCCUAGCUAUGAUGGACACAACCAACUGGCCCGGCACCUUCUUCUGGCUCACGAUGAUUUCUGUAUUCUUACUUAAUGGAUUCAACGCAGUCUUCCAAAACUCAGUGUACGGUGUAGCGGCUCGGCUGCCCAUACGCUACACUGGCGCCGUGGUGCUAGGGAGCAACAUUUGUGGAACUCUCAUUGUGUUCCUCAACUGGUGCUCCGUGUUCUUCGACAACCAGCGCACAGCUGCCAUCUACUAUUUCAUCGGCGGCAUGUUCGUGCUUCUCAUUUGUAUUGACACCUACUUCGCUUUGCCUUUGAAUAAAUUCUACCGCUACCACGAUUCGCUGCAGCAGCAGAUGGCGGCUGCGAGCGAAGGCAGUAAGAACGUCAACAAGCCGCGCGUGUCUCGUUUCAAGAUAUUCGGCCAAGCGUUUGUGCAGUUGUACAACGUGUUCAUCGUGUUCUUCGUCACCCUAGCCGUCUUCCCUUCUGUGAUAUCAGAUAUCUCACCAAACGUCGCAGGGUUUUUGGGCGAUAACUUCGUUCGAAUGACUUGCUUCCUGACUUUCAACGUCACAGCAAUGAUCGGUAACAUCACCGCUAGCACGUGGAAAUUCCCCGGCCCCCGUUGGCUGGUACUGUUCACAACUCUCCGUGUGCUGUUCAUCCCGUUCUUCUUGAUGUGUAACUACAAACCGGCGGACCGCACCUUGCCGGUCUACAUCACCAACGACUGGGUCUUCUGGAUAGCUUCCGCUUUACUCGGCUGGAGCUCUGGACAUGGAAGCUCAUUAGCUAUGAUGUACAUUGGAGGAACGGUGGCUCCCGAGAACGCAGGCACAGCGGGUAUGAUCGGCGCGGCCAUGUUAGUGACAGGGCUUGUCACCGGUAUCACGUUCACUCGGCUCUGCCCCAUCAUCGUCACGGCCGACCUUUGGCGCACCGCCUAGCGAUCACUACACUACGUCUCUACGGCGUGGAACGUGUUUACUAGAAGACUAGGACAGUGAAUGACGUCACAAUUAUGACGUCUAGUGAAGUGUUGUUCAGUAAAGUGAUCAUCCAAUCAAAACAAAGUUGGACAAGUGAUAUAAGGAUUGUGACAUUCAACUAAAUGUGUUCUAUAGCUAUAUAUAAUAUGCAAUUUAUAUUAUUCGUUGACAUGUAUACAGUUUGCCAAAAACUAAUAGUUUUAUAUGAUUUCUGAUUCACUUUGUGUGUGCCUUCUAUUUAGUUGUUCAUUCAAGUUUAUACCUUGCCAUGGUAUUCCUACGGUUAAUCUGUCGUUAAGAUGCAUUUACUAUCAUCAUCAGUUUAAGUAAAAUGUUAGCAACUUAAGUUGAAACCAAAUAUUUUGUCUCGAAGUACCUAUUCUAUUCAGAGGGCCUAGUACAAGUUUGUUGUACGUUUAACGCGAUCAAAAUGUAACCACGUUUAGCCCUCUAAUUGGUUGGUUCAUUGGAGCAGGCCUAUCAGAGCCUACUUGUAACGUUUGAAACUCAUCAACAAACUCAUACUAAGCCCUCUAAAAUACAAUAUAUCAUGAUUAUUCGUUUGGUGCUUAACAUAUAAGAAUUGUUUUGUCAUAUACCAGCAGUUAAUACACAGUUAUAUAACUUGGUUUAUGGGCUAAAAUGGUAUUAAAUAUUAUCCUAUAGACAUAAGACUGUUUGACGAUAUUAAUUCUGCCACGAGGCUAUUUAAAAGUCAAAAUGCGAUUGAAGCUUUGACUAUAGAGACCAUAUAUUAAGGAAUUGGUUUUUAAUGCAAGUUGACAAAGUAAGAAAUGAUAAAUGACAAAAGUUUAUAAUUUUACAACAUUAUAAUAACAAAAUCUUAGAAAAAUAGACAUUUAAAGUGGAAAUAGUUUAUAACACAACAGUUUUGUUGAAAUUGAAAUAUCAUAAAGGAUAUUAGGUAUAAAAAUCGCUAUAUGAAAUUAUAUUUGUAAAGUUAAAGUUUGUAAGUGCGUAAAAUGUUUAAUAGUUAGGACACUGCAUAUUAUGAAGUUAAUAUAUUUGUUAUUAUUGUAAUAAUAUGUAUUAUACAUUGCGUGGUGCCGUCUAUUGUUUCUGUUGCCCUGUUAAUAAUGUGUGUAGUAAUUAUAAUCAUGGUUAUAAACACUAAAAGUUAGGUACUGACAUAAAGUUUUACUUUUAAACGAGUAGUAAUCGACGUUCGUACCGCAAAUCCCAAGUAGAUCGAUGUAUGUAUCUUUUAAAAGCGAACUGAAGUGAAGUUUGGCGAAAACUAAACGUCGUGAGCUGCUCGAUAGCGAAUACUAAUAUGUGGAAUAUUAUUUCUAAUCAAAGUAGUAACUCAAUCUUGUAAAACUGUAUGUGAUUACCUAGCUUCAUACUCCUCCUUCUAGCAAAAAAAGGCCGAAAGGUUAUGUAUAAAAACACCACUUAAUUAAUCCCUAUGCAAGGUAAAGGGUACAUUUAUUGUGUUCUUUAAUUUUAUUUGACAAAUGCACUAAUCCAAAGUGCUUGAAUAAUUGACUAAAAUUAAGUAUAAGUAAUUUGAACCUAAGUUUUGUCGUAGCACAAAUUUAAAACUACAUGUGGAUGACAUUUGUAUGAAAUUUAAGUAGGAUGUCCGUUUCAUGUGCCUAUAAAGGAUGCAAUUAUUAUUUGUACACAAUUGGUAAAAGUAAGUAUAAUAUCAUGGUUAUUAUAUAUCAUAUCUUACAAAGUGUCAUUCACAUAUUUAUUUAAUAGGAAAAUUCUAACAACAAUGUUUUUUACAGACUGAAACACUAACAAUUCUUUGAUUAGCUAUAAGACCCUAGAGAAUUGUGGUUUUUCUCAAUAUAGCUAGGUGUAACAAUUUUAUUUUAGAUUUAUUUGCUGAUUUGACUUGCGUUUUUUUGUUAGUAUUGUGUGUGAUGCAUUUGAAAAUUUAUUUGCGAAUCGUGAAUCAUUUUAUUUAGUAUCAACAUAUGAUCUAGAGUAUACUAGAAACAUUUUUUUUACUUAGUUGAAUGAAACCAAAUAAGUGACUGUUAAACAAUACCUGGUUUUUGUUUUAAAUACCCAGCAUGAACAUUGUUAGUCCUAUUUAUUUAAAAGUAAAAUGUUAUUUUUUAAAU